AUCUAAUGGAAGUGAAAUAUAUUCAUUUUUUUUAUUUAAAAUGCUUUUUUUGGCCAAUGUUAGCCAAUAGGAUUUUAUUAUGGUGUCCCCACCCUGAAAGAGAUGGUCAAGUGGAGGGACUUUGGUGUUGUUUGCAAGUGAGUUUCAGUUGAAGACACUGACAGAGUGUGGCUGAGUAAGGGACAGAAAAGCGAAGGGGGAAGGAGAUGAAAAAGUGCUAUAUGUUCAUAGCUGUGGCAACUUAGUCAAGGCUGAUUUGGCUGAAUCACAUCCCACCAUUAUAAUGAGAAAUGAGAAGUGGAGGCAUUAAGUUCUGUGGCUUAUAGUUUGAAACUUGGCAACAUAUUUUUUGUAGAGUGCCUUCCUGCAAGUGCAGGACAUGAUUAGACAUGGUUAAGAUUGUGCUGUAAGACUUAAUGAACAGAACACUCAGCCGUGCACAGACCCUGUAACCUGAGUUCCCACCAGACUGGUGUAAGAUCAAGCACAUCAGAAGCCUUUACCAUUGCUUGGAAGAGACUCUUGCUGUUCCCUGCAUUCUCCAUACCCUCAGCACAAAUUAAAGAAGCAACUAGGUCCUAUCCCCUGAGCCAACAAGCAUGUGCUAGAGAACCCAGAAGUGGGGAAGAGGCUUGGUGUCUAGGCAGCAUCCUUGGACCACAGCAUAUGAUGAUGACUAGGGCUGCAAUCCUAACCCCACUUACCUAGGAAUAAGCACCAUUCAAUUGAAUAGUACUUUCCUCUGAUUAGACAUGGUUAUGAUUGUGUUGUAAAACACCCCAGAAAUAUCUGGUGUCUAAAAGAGAUAGAAAAAGAUUCUCCUGGUCACAGCAACCACCUGAGACUUAAGUAGUAUUGUCUCCAGUUGUAUUCCCAACCUGCAGAAUAAUGUCAUUGAGGGUUAUCAGCUGUCAUACAUCAUAAAUCAAUUCCACAGGUGCAUGUUGGGGUGUUCAGGAUGGAACUGAAGUUUGUUCUGUUCCUAUAUGAUUCUUCAAAUGAUAUUUCAUUGGAGCAAAUAUCAUGUCCUAUAAACAACUUCCACACCACAUGAUGGAUCACGAAGUAUUUAGAAACUUGUCUCUCAUUGUGUUCUAUAAGAUCUGUAUUAUCUUAGGUUAUGAAAUUUAUACAUAAAGUAUAAAUAUCAACAUAAACAUCUAUAUUAAGUAUAUGCAUUAUGGCAAGUGUCCUACUGUAUUUCUACCCAUGGCUGAUCGGAGUGUCAUGUGUUGACUGAACUGUGUGUGUGCAGAUAUGCCAGGUGUCACAAGGUGGGAGACCCAACUGACUGGGGAUAAGAUCUGACACAGAGGUUCCUCUCUGGGACCUGCUAUAGAGAACGUUCAGCUGGGAAAGAGGGGAGUAGAGAAAGAAUGUCCCAUGGGGAAGGGAAGCAAGAGAGAGAAAGAAUAGAGUGUUUGUGUGGGGCACUGAACUGUUUUACUAAUCUGUACAACAUUUUAUACUAGGCUCCUACUUGUAUAUAUCACAUUAGGAAGAUGGAACCCAGUUCAAUGAGUAGUAAGUAACAGUGACUCUUCCUCACAUACUCAUAUUUACAGAUGAAUGUGAACUUUAUAUUGAAACGCACAUAUUCAUCUUCUGUGAGGAACUGAAAGGACUGAAUGGCCAGGGAAACCUUAAUAAUACAGAAUGCUAAUAUGUAUAGAAGAGCAUGUGUGUGGUGUAUGCUUUAGAGAAAGAGGUGCAGUUCCCUGUAGGUCAUGACAUGAAAUGUCUUUUGAAGAAUCAAAGAGGAACAGAACAUUUACAGAUGAAUGCAAACUUCAUAUUGAAAUGAGUAUAUUCAUGAAUCAGUUAUCAUGGCUGGGAACUCUCCUUCAUUCCAAGCCUCUCUUUCCCCGCCGAUAGACUGUUUUUAUUUAUUUAUUUUUACAUUAAUAAUGUAAAAGUUGUUCGAUGUGGUCUACAUAGUUCUCCUGCUUCACAUUUUAUCCUCCCAGCAGCCCUGUGGGUACUGUAGGUUAGGCUGUGAUGGGUGGUUGGGGGAACAAACAUUAGGAGGUUUUAGUAGCCUAAGAAAUGUAAAACAUGACAUAAUAAGUUUAGGAGCUGGAACAAGGUUCUAAGGAUUGUAUUCAACUAAGUGUAACUGAAAGAGAUCAAUAGAUGUAAAAAAUAAAUUUAAAAAAAUCAUGCACAUUGAUUUCAGUGAGUGUAUACUGUGAAUGACUUAGCUGGACACAAUUCAUACAGCCCUUAUUGUGUCUGUAGGAAUUCAUGGAAGUAAAAUACGGUAUGGUGAUAAUACUCUAAUUUCUCACCAAAUCACCAUCAUCAAAAGGAAAAAAAAAUGUUUUAUUUCAUAUCUCAGAUUCUAAAGAUGCUAGAGACUCUUAAAAAGAAAGAAAGCUGGGAAUAUGGGGUUUAUGGUUCAUUGGGGUGGCUGUUCUCUUGCCUCUCCACAUGGAUGCUCAUAUUCUGGAAAAUCUUUUGUUUUUUGUAAUGCCAUAACAUAGUUCAAACACAAGGUGGUGGUAUUGCACAAGAUAAAAGAAGGAAAUUGAGGAGCAGCAGUUGCUCUCCUCAAGAGCUGAAGCCAUUAGACAAAGGAAUCAGCACAGGAAAAACAGCAGAUCCCUAUUGCAAGCCAGACUUCAGAAAUUCAGUAGGAAUAAGCAGGACACUGUGUCACAUUCAGAAGAUAAAGACAGUUAAGAAGAGACACGCCUUGGAAUAGAGAAGAGGACAAUGCCUUGCAUUUCAGGAGGAGAGGCUGGGAGAAUGGAAAUGCACCUCAAGAUCAGGCAAGUUUGGUCUUUUUCACUGUAUCUCUGUGCAUGCAUAGCAAUGUGUGAGUCUUUCCGCUAUUCAGUGGCAGAGGAGGAGAAAAGGGGGUCUCUGGUAGCGAAUGUCCUGAAGGAUUUGAGAAUGGAUGCAAAGGAGCUGUCUGCUCGGAGAGCCCGGCUGGUUUCUAAGAGCUCCAAGCAGUAUUUCCAGCUGGAUCCUCAUUCUGGGGAUGUGACAGUAAAGGAUAAAAUAGAUCGGGAGUCCCUGUGUGGUCAGAAUGAACCAUGUAUUCUACUGUCUGAAAUUGUGCUGGAAAAGCCAUUGCAGCUGCACAGAAUUGAAGUUCAGAUAGAGGACGUGAAUGAUAAUUCCCCCAAAUUCUCUAAAAAUCAAUUCCUUCUUGAAGUAUCUGAGCAAAUUCCAACGAAUACCCGAUUUCCUUUGGAAAAAGCUCAAGACUCAGACAAAGGAGAAAAUGCUGUUCAGAACUACACCCUUAGUCCCAAUGAACAUUUUAGGCUGAAUGUGAAAAGUCACAGUGAUGGUAGCAAAUAUGCAGAACUGGUGUUAGAGAAACCGCUAGACCGUGAGGUGAAUCCACACAUUUAUCUUACUCUGUCAGCUAUCGAUGGGGGGAUCCCAAAAAGAACUGGAACAGCACAGCUGCUAAUCGAUAUUCUGGAUGCUAAUGAUAACUUGCCUCAGUUUCCACAAUCUGAGUACAAAGUGAAAAUAAUGGAAAACAGCCCAUUGGAUACAUUGGUCGCAAAAGUGGAAGCCACUGACAAGGAUUUUGGUUCCUAUGCUCACAUCACUUAUUCCUUCAGUGAAGUUCCAGAAAAUGUGUUGAGAUCAUUCAAGUUAAACAAACACACUGGGGAACUCACUGUUGUAGGGAUGACUGACUAUGAAGAAACCAGCAGUUAUGAGAUGCACAUCAAAGCCACAGAUGGAGGGGGACUUUCAGCUUACUGCAAAGUAAUUGUGGACAUUGAAGAUGAGAAUGACAAUGCCCCAGAGAUAUCAAUCACUUCUAUCACCAGUCCAUUAACUGAGGACUCUCCCCCAGACACAGUGGUGGCCCUCUUCAGUGUCACAGAUGUGGACUCUGGGGACAGUGGCAGAACUGCCUGCACCACUGAAGUCAACCUGCCAUUUGUGCUCAAACCCACCGAGAACAACUAUUACCAGCUGGUGACCCAACAGCCACUGGACAGAGAAAAAGUCAGUGAAUAUAACAUUACUAUCACAGCCACGGACAGGGGCUCUCCCAGACUCACUUCCACAAGAAUACUUCAUGUUGAAGUGUCAGAUGUCAAUGACAACCCUCCAGUGUUUGAAAAGCAAUUCUAUGAAAUGCAGUUAAGAGAAAACAAUAUUCCUGGUCUUCUGAUCGGUUUCGUCCAUGCUGUUGAUCUGGACACAGCGCAGAAUGCCAAAGUGACCUACUCGCUUUUGCCUGGGAAGGUCAAUGAUAGCCCCACAUCCUCUUACAUCUCCAUCAACUCUGAAACGGGGAACCUGUAUGCCAUCCGGUCUCUGGAUUAUGAGGAAGUACAAGAUUUCCAGGUGACGGUGAGGGCUGUGGAUUCAGGUUCCCCUCCACUGAGCUCCGAAGUUCCCAUCCGCGUUCAGGUGGUGGAUGAAAAUGACAAUGCCCCCUUCAUCCUCUACCCUCUCCAGAAUGGCACUUCCCCCUCGAAUGACCUGGUUCCCCGAGGGGCAGAGACUGGCUACCUGGUCACCAAGGUGGUGGCUGUGGACAGGGAUUCUGCGCAGAACUCUUGGCUUUCCUACCAGCUGCUGAAGGCCACAGAGCCGGGUCUGUUCACGGUGGGGGCCCAGAAUGGAGAAGUGACCACCCUGAGGCCGGUCAGCAACCGAGACAGCUUCAAGCAGAAUCUGAUUGUGGUGGUCCGAGACAACGGCCAUCCUCCCCAGUCCACCUCUGCCACGCUCAGAAUCCUUCUAGUGGACGGCUUCUCUGACCCUUAUCUGAAAAGUGUGGCUCUCCCAAAGGAGGAAACAGCGGAGGAGGAAGACCCCAGCCUGACGAUGUAUCUGAUCAUCUGCUUGGCUGCCAUCUCAAGCAUCUUUCUCAUUUCUGUGGUGGCGUUUGUUGUAAUCAAGUUGCAGAAACGUGAAAAGUUCAUAGGAACCUACAACUCUGGAGCCAAUUUCCCGGUGGGACCAGAUUCCCAGGAGAUCUCUGCGGAUCCUGGUGCUGGAUCUCUAUCCCAGGCUUACAACUAUGAGGUGUGCUUAGCUGGUGGGUCUCUGAACAGUGAGUUCCGGUUUCUCAGGCCCCUGUUUCCUGUUUUCUCUGUGGAGCCUCCUAACACUCAGCUGAAUCCAAGGAGUUCCAAUGAUUCUGAAGGAGUCCCCAGUCAUGCAGGUGAAAGUCAAAACAUUAUCCAGGUGAGAGUACCAUUUGAAUGGUUUAAUUUCAAAUUUCUCUCUCUCUAGUUUGAUAAUAAUGUUUAUUAAAUCUUCAAUUUUACAUUUUCAAAUAAGCCUUUAAAAUAUCCCAUGACUUCCCUUCUCCUUCCAUGAUUCACUUUUCAUAUCCCUGUUUUACUAUAAGCAUUCAAAAAAAUUUCCACUUUUACCUCCAUCAAAAAAUAUUUUCUCUAUUGAAAUUAUCUUAGUGCUGCCAGUGUUUUAAGCUGUAUACAGUCAUUUUUCAUAUAUUCAGUAAAUGUUUUCCACUCUUCUUUAAAAGUAUGUUCGUCUUGCUCUCUUAUUCUAUGUGCUAAAUCUGCACGUUCUGCAUUUUCUGUCAACUUAAGUUGCCAAUCCUCUUUAGUUGGGACCUUGCUCACUUUCCAUUUUGGGGCUAAGAAAGCACAGACCCCAAUUGUUGCAUACAUAAAUAACCUUUUCUGACUCCUAGGAAUUUUAGUUUGGGGUUUUCCCAACAAAAAGGACUCUGGUGUGUGUGGUGUUUUGUUUUUUUUGGAAAGUAGUUUUAAACAUUUUUUUCAAUUUAUUAUAUAUCAUUUCCCCAUAUACUUUUGCCUUUUUACAUGUCCACCACAUGUGAAAAAAAAGUUCCCUCCGUUUCUUUACACUUCCAACACGUAUCUAAUUCUGUUUUAUAAAUCUUAGCCAAAAUACUCUGAGUUAAAUACCAACUAUUAAUGAUUUUCAAAUUAUUAUCUUUCCAUUAAUAACCUCUUCUCUCUCUAGUUUGGUCCCCCUAUAUCUUUGAGGUACAAGUCUGAAUUCAGCUGAGUGCAGGAACUCUGAAUGUGCACUUGAAAUUCUUCCCAUAUUUUUCCUGUUCAGUUUACCUGUGUCGUUGUAUUCUGAUGUUGUUGUUUCUGCCCUUGCAUAGAGGGAUAUAAACUUUCAUAUUAAUAUUUUUGUGAUUUGAUGUGCUGUAGAAUAACUUCAUAACCUCUUUAAACUCUCUGUAUGGGAGGGGGGUGUCACACAAAAGCUGAGAUGCAGGUUGCUUCCAUAAUCAGGUCCUCCCAUAAAGAAGGCACGUGUUGCGGUGAGACCUGGCAACCAAACUGUGCAUUGUGGGUGGGUAUGAUUGGUUAGCCACAACACCCAAUUGGUAGGUUCCUUGAUGCUGGGUUUAAUCAGGCCAAUGGGAUGCAGGCUAAAUGGAUCAAGGGACCUAUAUAUACGUAUGCCCAUGACCCAGAGCUUUCUCUUUCGGUGCGUGCAUUCAGAACACCCGCCCACCUCUCCCUACUUUUAGGGCUUUGCACUUGACUUUGCUAUGCCGUCGUGUGUCGUCUGUCGUUGGGACAGGAGCACGGCAGGAAUUUUCCCACUUGGCUGAUUGGCUGUUGCCAUUUGGGUUUCGCCUGCCACUAGUCGAACCAAAGCCUAUGCAACCACUCACUUGCUGUAAUCAAUAAAGUUGUGGCCUAAAUUCUGCCAAAAAACAAACCAAAAUUUGAGUAUUGUCUGAAUUUAUGUAAGGGGGAGGUUUGAAGGUCUGAACACGCAGUGACCUGUUUAUUGAUCAUUCAUUCUUACUACUUAAAAGAAAGAAAGAAAGUUAUAAAGGGGGGAGAGGGCAGAAGUGAGGAAAAAAGAACACAGCUGUAUAUAAAUUGGUAUAGUGUUGUUAUCCUAAUACUUAUGUAGAUAUUAAUAGCCUGCUACAUUCUCUGUGUGCAGGCCAUAUGGCAUAAAGCAAAAUUUAUCAUACACUUUCCAAGGUAUUUUCCUGUCAUUUUCUUUAUUGCAAACUGUUUGACUGAGGUGGGAGGGAGGGAAAUUGUUCCACAAGAGCACCAUAAGUGCUGUGCAUCUUGAAUAUCCCAGUAUGAGAUUGAAUCCCAUGCACAACAGUGUAGAACAACCACAGAAGGAAUACAAUGUUUUAUGAUAUUUGCACUCAUUCAAAUGGAAAAGAGGCAUCUACCUAGUAAU